AUGAAGAUAUCAACGUGCAUAUAUCACUUUCUUGUCUUGAACUGGUAUAUUUUCCUCAAUUAUUACAUCCCACAACAUGGAAAGGAAGAGAGGAAAUUAAAAAUCUUUCAAGGUGUUGGACAGACGAAAUACUUGACACUCAUUAAUCUGCUCUUGCAGGCCAUUUUUUUUGGGGUCGCCUGCCUGGAUGAUGUGCUGAAAAGAAUUAAAGGAAAAAAAGACAUUAAGUUCGUAACUGCCUUCAGGGAUCUGCUUUUCUCCACACUGGCUUUUCCUUUAUCCAUGUUUGUAUUUUUGGCAUUCUGGAGCCUCUUUCUCUAUGAUCGAGAUCUCGUUUUCCCCAAGGACCUGGAUAAUAUCUUUCCAGUAUGGCUGAAUCAUGCAAUGCACACUUCCAUACUGCCCUUCAUGCUGGGUGAAGUCAUUCUUAGACCUCAUCGCUAUCCACAGAAGAAGACAGGACUCAUCUUGUUGGCUGCUGGUGCUCUUGCUUACAUCACCAGGAUCCUCUGGGUCUACUCUGAGUCAGGUCAGUGGAUAUAUCCUGUAUUUGCAACCCUCAGCCCACUGGGAAUGGCAGUCUUCUUCUCCCUCAGUUAUAUCUUGGUUGCCAACAUGUACCUGCUCGGCCAGAAGCUCAACCACUGGAAAUGGGGUGACACAAUGCAGCCAUGGAUGAAGAGGAAGUGA